GCCACCAACAACAACGUUAAAAAGAAACAGAAACACGACAAAAAAAGAUCCAGAGAGAGGAACCCCAAAAAAACAAAAAAAAUCUCUUGGGAGACAGGAUGGCCUUUGUUCCUCUUCUCCUUGGCCUCCUGUCCCUCAUCCUCCUCCGCCCCAUCACCACCGCCGCUGCUAUACGAAUUGGCGUCCGCCACCAUCCCUCGUCGUCGGACCUCCCUCCCUUCCGGGAAGCCCCUGCCUUCCGCAACGGCGGCGAAUGCGGGUCCUCCGACGCCGACCGCAUCCACGUGGCCAUGACCCUCGACGAAAACUACCUCCGAGGCACGAUGGCCGCCGUGCAAUCCAUGCUGCAACACUCCACGUGUCCUGAAAACCUCUCCUUCUACUUCCUUUCUGCUCACGACAACCCUGAGCUCUACAACAGUAUCAAAUCCACCUUCCCUUACCUCACCUUCAACAUCUUCCGGUUCGAUUCGACCCGGGUUCAGGGAAAAAUUUCUAAGUCGAUCCGGCUCGCCUUAGACCAGCCAUUAAACUACGCAAGAAUCUACCUCGCUGACGCUUUACCAAAACAAGUCAGACGCGUCAUAUACUUGGACUCUGACCUCAUCGUUGUCGACGAUAUAGCCAAGCUCUGGGGCGUAGACAUGGAAGGGAAGGUGGUGGCCGCACCGGAAUAUUGCAGAGCGAACUUCACGGUGUAUUUCACGACGAGCUUCUGGUCAGAUCCUAAGCUAACCAAGACGUUUGAGGGUAGAAACGCGUGUUAUUUCAACACUGGUGUGAUGGUGAUGGACGUAGACAAAUGGAGGAAAGAAGGGUUCACACAGAAAGUGGAGGAAUGGAUGAGAGUUCAGAAGCAGAAGAAGAUAUAUAACUUAGGUUCGCUGCCGCCGUUUCUGCUGGUGUUGGCUGGAAACAUCAAGGCGGUGGAUCACCGGUGGAAUCAGCAUGGACUGGGCGGUGACAAUUUUGAAGGUAAGUGUAGGAGCUUGCACCCUGGUCCGAUCAGUUUGUUGCAUUGGAGUGGAAAGGGCAAGCCAUGGCUCAGACUGGAUUCAAGAAAGCCAUGCAUUGUCGACCACCUUUGGGCCCCUUACGAUCUGUACAGGUCGUCAAGACACUUUCUCGAAGAAUAACGAAUCAAUGAACGAUGCAGAUUAAGAUCGAUGCAGCAACGAACAAAUAUCUUGUCCUUAUGGGUAUAUAUAUGUAACAGUCAGGAUUUAAUUUUUAGAAGGUUGAGUUUUGGCCAGUGCAUGUAUGUAUAUAUACAGACACAGACACGCGCAUGCUUGUUUGUGUUUGUGUUGGCUGGGAGGGGCAGUUUUGUAAGUGAAAGGACAUUGUUGAUAAGAGGAGAAAAGGAUAUAUGCUGAUGAGUAGGCUUUUUCGAUGAAAGAAGGCUAGUGAGAACUGAGAAGGAUGAUCUACGUUCACACACGCAAACACGACCUCCUCCUAUACAUACAUACAUGUAUACAUAUAUAU